AUGGCUAAGCUUGCUGUGGUGGUGACAUUGCUGGCUCUGGUUGGUUCUGUGACAUGCCAGGGCUAUACUGGUAAUGCUAGCCCACCCCCACCCGGCCUGAGCCCGCCGAACCCGAGCCUGAGCCUAAGCCCAUCGACCCCCUAUCCUCCGCCAAGCCCAACUCAUCCAAGCCCCGCGCCAUCGAGCCGGAGCCCACCGACCACCUAUCCUUCACCAACCCUAACUCCUCCGAGCCCGGCGUGGUCAGGCCCAAGCCCGCCGGCCCUAGGGCUUAGGAUUGGAUAUUAUAAAACCACUUGUCCUAAGGCUGAGCAGAUCGUGAAGGACACCGUCAAGAACGUCGUGUAUGCCAAUGCCGGUAUCGGCGCCGGGCUCAUCCGCCUCUUCUUCCAUGACUGCUUCGUCGAGGGCUGCGACGCCUCGGUUCUGCUCGACCCGACGCCGGCGAACUCGCAGCCGGAGAAGCUCGGCAUCCCGAACUUCCCCAGCCUCCGCGGCUUCGAGGUGAUCGACGCGGCGAAGGCGGCGAUCGAGAAGGAGUGCCCCGGCGUCGUCUCCUGCGCCGACGUCGUCGCCUUCGCCGGCCGCGACGCCGCCUACUACCUCAGCGGCGCCGGCAUCGACUUCGCCAUGCCGGCCGGCCGCUACGACGGGCGCGUCUCCCUCGCCAGCGAGACCCUCUCCAACCUGCCGUCGCCGUUCGCCGGCCUCGGCCAGCUCAAGAAGAGCUUCGCCGACAAGGGGCUCGACACCGACGACAUGGUCACCCUCUCCGGCGCGCACUCCAUCGGCGUCUCCCACUGCUCCUCCUUCUCCGACCGCCUCUCCACUACCUCCGACAUGGACGCCGCCCUCAAGACCAGCCUGACCCGGGCGUGCAGCAGCUCCGGCGACCCCACGGUGGCGCAGGACUUCAAGACCCCCAGCAAGCUCGACAGCCAGUACUACCGGAACGUGCUCAGCCGCGACGUGCUCUUCACCUCGGACGCCGCGCUCCGCUCGUCGGAGACCGGCUUCGACGUGUUCCUCAACGUGGUCGUCCCGGGCCGGUGGGAGAAGAAGUUCGCGGCGGCGAUGGUGAAGAUGGGCGGCGUCGGUGUCAAGACCAGCGCCAAUGGCGAGAUCAGGACGAACUGCCGCGUCGUCAACUAG